UCGGCUCCGCAUUGAGCAGCACUAUAAAAGCUGCCGGAGGAAAAAAAAAAGAAAACAGGGUUAUCAGACAUCGAGCGCAGGAGGAACGUGAGGAGAGGAGAACGCUUUAUUCACUAUUUAUCAUUCGCUCUGGACGAAGGCUUUCUGUUUAUGAGCGGACACGGAGCGGAUAUCCACGGCGCCCAGGACCAAGGCUGUGAGGAGCUGGAGCGUGCUCAGUGAGGUUGGGAAGGCAGCAACAUGGCGGUCUCCACCCAACUGGGUUUACUGCUUUGGAAGAACUUCACCUACCGACGGAGACAGACUAUCCAGCUGCUGAUUGAGAUCAUCUGGCCUCUUUUCAUCUUUUUCAUCCUGAUUUCAGUCAGAAUACAUUACCCGCCCUAUGAACAACAUGAAUGCCACUUCCCCAACAAGGCCAUGCCUUCGGCAGGCACCCUGCCCUGGGUACAAGGCAUCAUCUGCAAUGCAAACAACCCCUGCUUCCGUAAUCCUACCCCAGGAGAAAGUCCGGGGGUGGUGGGAAACUUCAAUGAUUCUAUAAUCUCCCGUCUGUUCAUCGAUGCCAAGAAGAUCUUGCUGUACUCUCAAAAUGAUCAAAGCUACGAGGGCUACAGGGGGCUGCUGAGGGCCCUGAGGAAGCUGCAGAGGAACACUGCUUCUUUCAAGCUGAAGGACUUUUUGCAAGACAACGAGACUCUUUCCCACUUCCUGCAUCACAACGCCUCGCUUCCUCGUCACGCACUGAAGCAGAUAGUUGAGGCUGACGUGAAUCUGGAGAAGGUCCUGACUAAAGGCUUCGGCUUCCAUCUCAGAGACCUCUGUAACGACACACCGCUGGAGGAGUUCGUCCACAUUGCUGACCACAAUGUGUCCCGUAUGACGCAAGAAAUUAUCUGCAGGUCCUCCAGUGACUGGCUGAAUAAGGCACAGAGUCACUUCCUGUCCAACCUGGACUUCCUCAAACCUAUUCGUAAGGACGUGAGGUCAGACCCUAAAGUUGUUCAGGAAGUCUCGGCUGCAACUGACUCGCUUCUGGGGAGCCUGGGAUCUCUGGCGGUCGAGCUUGCCAGUAUGAAGAGCUGGAAGGAUAUGCGGAAGGAGAUUCUAUAUCUGACAGCAAACGCCACAGGCUCCCCGAAUCAGAUGUACCAGGCCGUAUCGCGUAUCGUCUGCGGACAUCCCGAGGGAGGUGGCCUCAAAAUUAAGUCUCUCAACUGGUAUGAGGACAACAACUACAAAGCCCUGUUCGGAAACCAUGGCAACGACAGUGACAAUGAACCUCUCUCCACCUACGAUAACUCCUCCACUCCGUACUGCAACAGCAUGAUGCGCAGUCUGGAGUCCAGCCCCAUUUCUAGGAUGAUCUGGAGAACCCUGAAGCCUCUGGUAAUGGGGAAGAUCCUGUACACCCCAGAUACACCUGCAACUCAGAGGAUCAUCCAUGAGGUGAAUAAGACCUUCCAGGAACUGGGUCUGCUGCGGGAUCUUGGAGGGAUGUGGGAGGAGUUAAAGCCCAGAAUUUGGAACUUCAUGGAGAACAGUGAGGAAAUGGACUUGGUUAGGACCCUUCUCCAGAACAAUGCUAGUGCUGCAUUCCUAAGCGCUCAGCUCAGUGGGACUGAGUGGAGUGUGUCCGAUGUGUCGGCUUUCCUCUCCAAAAGCCAGAAACCUCCAGGAUCUAGAUACACGUGGAGAGAUGUCUUCAACGAAACGGACCAGGCCAUACAGACCAUCUCCCGCUUUAUGGAGUGUGUGAACCUGGACAAGCUGGAGCCGGUGGCUAAUGAGGAGCGACUGGUCAACAAGUCCAUGGGUCUUCUUAACAACCAGAAGUUCUGGGCGGGAAUCGUGUUUCCCGACAUCCCGCACAGCAACAGCACGGACCUGCCGCCCAACGUCAACUACAAGAUCCGCAUGGACAUCGAUAAUGUCGAGAGGACAAACAAGAUUAAGGACGGCUACUGGGACCCUGGUCCCAGGGCAGACCCCUUUGAGGACCUUCGCUACAUCUGGGGGGGAUUUUCAUACCUGCAGGACGUCAUUGAGCAUGGGAUCAUCAGAGCCAUCACUGGCACCAAGGAGAAGACGGGCGUCUACAUCCAGCAGAUGCCGUACCCCUGCUAUGUGGACGACAUCUUCCUGCGGGUAAUGAGUCGCUCCAUGCCGCUCUUCAUGACCUUGGCGUGGAUGUACUCGGUGGCAAUCAUCAUCAAGGGCGUCGUGUACGAGAAGGAAGCUCGCCUCAAGGAGACCAUGAGGAUCAUGGGCCUGAACAACGGCACCCUGUGGCUAAGCUGGUUCAUCAGCAGUUUAAUUCCGCUGCUGAUCAGCGCCGGCCUGUUGGUGAUGCUAUUGAAGAUGGGCAACCUGCUUCCCUACAGCGACCCCGGCGUGGUCUUCCUCUUCCUGGGCUCCUUCGGCGUGGUCACCAUCAUGCAGUGCUUCCUUAUCAGCACCCUGUUCUCUCGCGCCAACUUGGCCGCUGCCUGCGGUGGGAUCAUCUACUUCACCCUCUACCUGCCCUACGUCUUGUGUGUCGCCUGGCAAGACUACGUGGGCUUUGGAGCAAAAGUUGUAGUGAGUCUGCUGUCUCCUGUUGCUUUUGGGUUCGGCUGCGAGUACUUCGCCCUGUUCGAGGAGCAGGGGGUGGGGAUCCAGUGGUCCAACCUUCUGGCGAGUCCGUUGGAGGAAGACAGCUACAACCUGACAACCUCCAUCUGCCUCAUGCUGUUCGACGCUGUGCUCUAUGGUGUUAUGACAUGGUACAUCGAAGCUGUGUUUCCUGGUCAGUACGGGAUCCCCAGGCCUUGGUACUUCCCCUUCACCAGGACUUACUGGUGUGGAGAGAAAGAGAACAAGAACUUUUCCUCCUCUAUGUCAAAGAAGGGCAAUGCCGAAGCUGUGUGUAUGGAGGAGGAGCCAAGCAACAUCGAUCCAGGCGUUUACAUUGAGAACCUUGUGAAGGUCUACAGCCAUGGAAACAAACUGGCUGUCGAUGGACUGUCCCUGAGGUUCUAUGAAGGACAGAUCACCUCCUUCCUCGGGCACAAUGGCGCUGGCAAGACCACAACUAUGUCAAUCCUGACAGGACUGUUCCCACCCACCUCUGGUACGGCCUACAUCCUCGGCAAAGACAUUCGCUCUGAGCUCAGCACCAUCAGACAGAACCUGGGAGUCUGUCCGCAGCACAACGUCCUUUUCAGCAUGCUGACGGUCGAGGAGCACAUCUGGUUCUACGCCCGUCUGAAAGGCCUGCCAGAGGAGAAGGUGAAGGCUGAGAUGGAACAAAUAGUGAACGACGUCGGGCUGCCGCAUAAACGCCGGUCCCGUACGAGCACGCUGUCCGGUGGGAUGCAGAGGAAGCUGUCAGUGGCCUUGGCUUUUGUUGGCGGAUCCAAGGUCGUGAUCCUGGAUGAACCCACUGCUGGUGUCGAUCCUUACGCUCGUAGAGGCAUCUGGGACCUGCUGCUUAAAUACAGACAAGGCCGCACCAUCAUCCUGUCCACUCAUCACAUGGACGAGGCUGACAUCCUGGGCGAUCGCAUCGCCAUCAUUUCCCACGGCAAGCUGUGCUGCGUCGGCUCCUCGCUCUUCCUGAAGACUCAGCUGGGGACAGGCUAUUAUCUGACCCUGGUCAAGAGGGACUACGACCUGACGCUCCAGUCCUGCAGGAACUCUGCCAGCACUGUUUCCUACAGCAAGAAAUCAGAGAAGGAGGACAGUGUGUCAGAGAGCAGCUCCGAUGCCGGGCUGGGCAGCGAACCAGAGAGUGAAACCACCACAAUUGACGUCUCCCUCAUAUCCAACGUGAUUUUCAAGCAUGUCUCAGAGGCACGUCUAGUGGAGGACCUUGGCCAUGAAAUCACCUACAUCUUGCCCUACCAGUCUGCUAAAGACGGAGCUUUUGUAGAGCUCUUCCACGAGCUGGACGACCGACUCACCGACCUGGGCAUAUCCAGCUAUGGAAUCUCUGAUACUACACUGGAAGAGAUUUUCCUGAAAGUGGCUGAAGACAGCGGAGUGGAUUCUGUUGAGCUUUCAGAUGGAGUGACGACCAGGACACGGCGCCGCCACGCGUUUGGAGACCACCAGAGCUGCCUGAAACCCUUCACCGAGGACGACUUUGAUCUGAACGACUCUGAAGUGGACCCAGAGUCCCGUGAGACCGAUUGGCUAAGUGGCACAGAUGGCAAAGGUUCGUACCAGGUCAAAGGCUGGAGUCUGAAGAGGCAGCAGUUUGUUGCGCUGCUCUGGAAACGGUUCCUCUACGCUCGGCGCUCUAGGAAAGGAUUUUUCGCUCAGAUUGUUCUUCCAGCGGUGUUCGUAUGCAUUGCCCUGGUGUUCAGCCUGAUUGUUCCUCCGUUUGGGAAGUACCCCAGUCUAGCUCUGGAUACCAGCAUGUAUGGAGAACAGUUUACCUUCAUCAGUAAUGACCUACCUGAGGAUCCUCACAUCAAUAAACUACUGGGAGCUCUGACAGAGGAACCGGGCUUUGGAACACAUUGCAUGAAAGGGGAAUUUGCUUCGGAGUUUCCUUGCAAUGCAGUAGAGGAGGAGUGGUCUGUCCCCCAAGUGUCCCAGAGUGUGAAGGACAUGUUCGACAGAGGCAACUGGACCAUGGAGAGUCCAUCUCCGCUGUGUGAGUGCAGCUGUGAAGGCCGCAAGAGGAUGCUGCCCGAGUGCCCAGCAGGUGCUGGCGGACUCCCACCACCACAGAUGAAGAUCAGUGAAAAAGACACACUUCAAAAUUUGACAGGCAGAAACGUCUCAGACUAUCUGGUUAAAACCUACGCUCAGAUUAUCGGCAAGAGCCUGAAAAACAAGAUUUGGGUCAAUGAAUUCAGAUACGGUGGCUUCUCACUCGGCGCCAGGAGCUCUGAGCUUCUGACCCACAGAGAGGAAAUUGACGACGCAAUCGCUGAGCUGAGGAGACGCUUCCACCUGGAAAGAGGAACAGCAGCAGAUCGUUUCUUCCGCAGUCUCUCCAGUUUUAUCCAAGGAAUGGACACCAAGAAUAACGUCAAGAUCUGGUUUAACAACAAGGGCUGGCACAGUAUUGGCUCUUUCCUGAACGUCAUGAACAACGGCAUCCUGCGGGCAAGUCUGCCAGCCGGCAAAGACCCUGCAAAGUUUGGCAUCACCGCCUACAACCACCCGCUGAACCUCACCAAGGAGCAGCUGUCACAGGUUGCAUUGAUGACAACGUCAGUGGACGUGUUGGUGUCCAUCUGUGUGAUCUUCGCUAUGUCCUUCGUACCUGCCAGUUUUGUGGUCUUCCUCAUCCAGGAGAGGGUGAACAAGGCCAAACACCUGCAGUUCAUCAGUGGAGUGCAGCCUUUCCUCUACUGGCUGGCCAACUUUGUCUGGGACAUGUGUAACUACAUUGUCCCAGCUACACUGGUUAUUAUCAUCUUUGUGUGUUUCCAACAAGACGCGUAUGUCUCCUCCACUAAUCUGCCUGUGCUGGCACUGCUGCUGCUGCUCUAUGGAUGGUCAAUCACCCCACUGAUGUAUCCAGCCUCAUUCUUCUUUAAGAUCCCCAGCACAGCCUACGUGGUUCUGACUAGUGUUAACAUACUGAUUGGAAUCAAUGGCAGCGUCUCCACAUUUGUACUGGAGCUUUUCGGAAGCAAUGAGAUUGGUGGUAUCAACGACAUCCUGAAGAACGUGUUCCUCAUAUUCCCUCACUUCUGUCUGGGCAGAGGACUAAUCGACAUGGUAAAGAAUCAGGCCAUGGCUGAUGCGCUGGAGAGAUUUGGUGAGAACCGGUUCCGCUCCCCUUUGGCCUGGGACAUGGUGGGGAAGAACCUGUUUGCAAUGGCCGUCGAGGGUGUUGUCUUUUUCUGUAUCACCGUGCUCAUUCAGUAUCGUUUCUGCUUCAAGGCCAGGUCGUCCACCAGUCACCUGAAGCCCAUUGGAGAUGAAGACGAGGACGUGGCCAGAGAGCGUCAGAGGAUCCUGAGCGGAGCAGGACAGUCGGACAUCCUGGAGCUCAGGCAGCUCACCAAGAUCUACAAACGCAAGCAGAAGCCUGCAGUGGAUCGGCUGUGCGUCGGCAUCCCUCCUGGAGAGUGCUUUGGUUUGCUGGGAGUGAAUGGAGCAGGCAAAACCAGCACCUUUAAGAUGCUGACUGGAGACUCGGUGGUGACCAGUGGAGAGGCCUCCCUGGCUGGCAAAAGUGUAACCACAGAGAUCGACGAGGUGCAUCAGAACAUGGGCUACUGUCCUCAGUUUGACGCCAUCAACGACCUGUUGACCGGCAGAGAGCAUCUGGAGUUUUACGCCAUUCUUAGAGGAGUGCCUGAGAAAGAAGUUUGUGAGGUGGCAGAUUGGGGCAUUCGGAAGUUGGGAUUGGCCAAAUAUGUAGACAAGUCAGCAGGAAGCUACAGUGGAGGGAACAUGAGGAAACUGUCCACUGCCAUCGCUCUCAUAGGAGGACCGCCUGUUGUGUUUCUGGAUGAGCCGACGACAGGCAUGGACCCUAAGGCCCGCCGCGCCUUGUGGAACGCCAUCCUUAGUAUCAUCAAGGAGGGACGAUCAGUAGUUCUCACCUCCCACAGUAUGGAAGAGUGUGAAGCACUUUGCACCAGGAUGGCCAUCAUGGUCAACGGCAGGUUUCGCUGUCUGGGCAGCGUGCAGCACCUCAAGAACAGGUUUGGUGAUGGCUACACCAUCAUCCUGCGGGUGGCGGGGCCCGACCCAGACCUUCGGCCAGUGAUGGAGUUCAUUGAGCGGGAGCUCCCCGGCAGCACAUUGAAGGAGAAACACCGCAAUAUGCUACAGUACCAGCUGCCGUCGUCGCUCACCUCCCUCGCCCGCAUCUUCUCCAUCCUUUCCAAGAACAAAGAGGCGCUCAGCAUAGAAGACUAUUCUGUCUCUCAAACCACUCUAGACCAAGUGUUUGUAAAUUUUGCCAAGGACCAAAGUGAUGAGGACCAUUUGAAGGACGUCCAUCUGAGCAAACGGGACGCAGUGAUAGUGGACAUUUCCCAGAUAAAUUCUUUCCUCAUGGACAGCAAGACCAGGGAGAGCUGCCUCUAAUUCUUUAGAUACCAUUAGUGGUAUUACAUCCCCAUCGUAGACAUGAUGGACCACUUACCUGAGGGGGAGACAGACUAUCUUCAUUUUUUAUUUCUAUUUUUUAGUCUUUUUUAAUUGUUACCAUUUCUCAGUGGGCCUGCACUUCAGCACACAGCCUUGUGAAGAGGCAGAGGCUGCAGGUAUUGUGACAGACACUGAAACAAUGAAAACUCAAUGCAAAUCAAUGCAAGAAAUAUAUAAAUAUAUUUAAGACGAGAAGAUAUUCCUGUGAGGGUUGGAGACUGGUGCUUCUCCUUCACUAGAUCGACAGAAAGAUUGAAAAGACUCUCAACACUUGAAGCAUUAGGAUUAUAACACUGAGGUAGACUGGAAAGCUUGUAGCUCUGCUACUCAAUCAGUGGACAAGUCAUCGGGAUGAUAGAAGAAAAUGUCUCUAGUGCUUAACCCUCGUUACUAGAAGACGUCAGUGGGAGGUUGUGCUAGUCAUGACGGCACAAAACAAAAAUGAAAACGUGGAUCAUUCACUGCCAAACAGAUGGUCUGACUACUUUGUACGCAGGGUCAAAACCUUUCAAUCUCACUUUGUUACCAAGGGCAGUUGUUUUAUAUUGCAAGCGAUGGGUUUACAAUCCAGCUGAUUUCAGUGAGAAACACUCAAUCGUAUUCAUUUUUACUAAUUCGAUUUUUUAAAAAUUCUUACAUUUUACUAGACAAACAUUACGUUUUUUUUUGUCUUUGUUUGGAUAACAACUAAAAGUUAUAACCUGGUUGUCGUCUCAUUUGUUGUCCUUGACAUUGUCCAGCACAGUGCCUGUACUGUAAAGGUGGCGGGAGAGAUCUGAGCACUCCAUAGAAAACAACAAUGUGUGUGUGUAAGAUAGAGGCCAACAUCCAAACACAAAAAAGAGCUUUUUGUGGAGAUGAAUCCAACUUGACUGUUUAAAAUUGUCUCUCGGUGUCAAAUGAGUAGAAAAUGUGGUGGCUCAAUUUACUGUACAAAAUGUGCAGCGUGCUCUACUGGCUUCACCCUGUCCUCUCUAAGAAAAUGACGGCCCAAGGUUCCGUGUGGGGAAGGUUCAUUAGCCAUAUGUGUUGCAUGCUUCUCAGUGGACCACACACCUGGACUAUCAACAUCUGUGUGUGCCAAAGCAUGACCAGCUUGUACAGGUCAGGAGAGGACGGCAUUCAGCUUCAUUGUUGUUGGAUCGUUGGUGCAAAUGUACACGUGGAGUCUGAAUCCCAAUCGAGAUGUGAUUCUUGAAUCAAAAAGGUAGUUCCUGUUCCAGUGACAUACGCUUCUGUACAUAGAACAGUGGGAGUGAGUUUCCACCUGAGCCAGCACCUAUGUGGAUCGUAUGUACAAUAGCAAACGUGUGGUGUUGAGUCAAAAAGAAAAAAAAAAAAAAACAGCGGAGUGAACAACCGUAUCUGUGCCAAAUAGAUCCCACUUUCUUUGAUCAACCAGCAAAAUGUAAAGGAGGCAACUGUUUUGUAAAGUUCAUGUUGUGCUUUGAUUUCAUUUCUUUUUCCAUCAGCACAUAUUUACAUAUAUUAUGUUCUCUCGUAUUGCAUUUUAAUUAGACUUUAUAUCUUUUAGUUGUGUUGCCAAAUUCUAAUCUUCAUGUUUGUCUGCACAAUAAGCUGCCACACUGAACUUACCAGUACUGUCAGUGAUGAGGUCAUGAUGUUGAGAUACCAGUUUCCAGAGCUAGUCAGUGAGCUAGGGACCACGAGUAGAGUUGUGCUUGUAGUGCUUUACAGUGAAAACAGAAACAAGAUCAUAUCCAGGGUUAAAUGGCAGAUUUGUCAUAACUGGUGCUCUGUCUCGUGCUAAUUCUUGGAAGGGGUUUCCAGUCUCUCGGGGAUCUAAUACCUGCUGUGGGCCUCAGUCCUGCUACCAGUUCUGAGGCUCCAGGCCUCAGCCCACCUAACCCCGCUGGUCAGUCUGAGCACUUUACAGGCUUAGGAGCCUCUUGUUUCAAAGACAUAGAUGUAGGGAUUUGAGUAUGGUAAAUCAGACGUUUAUAAUGAAAAAGAAAAAAUCUCUGCACUGGAAUAUAGAUUUUUAGACGAUAUGGAGCUACACCACCGCUUGGGUUCAUGAAAGCUUGAAGUAAAGAGCGAAGCAUUACAUGUGAAAUGGUGAAAAGCGAAGGUGGUUGAAAGUAAAGCGAGAAACGCAGGGCAGUACUAAGGUGGUAAUUUUCUCUUCUUCUGCUCAAUAUUAUUUGUUUACAUUUUUAAGUAUUAAACAGUUUGAGUCUGUUACUGAUUGUGUAUAGUUACCAUUUGCAUUCGUAAAUAAAAAUUAUGCAUUCAAA